AUGUUUGGGAUUCAGGAGAAUAUUCCGCGCGGGGGGACGACCAUGAAGGAGGAGCCGCUGGGCAGCGGCAUGAACCCGGUGCGCUCCUGGAUGCACACGGCGGGCGUGGUGGACGCCAACACGGCAGCCCAGAGCGGCGUGGGGCUGGCGCGGGCGCACUUCGAGAAGCAGCCGCCUUCCAACCUCCGGAAAUCCAAUUUCUUCCACUUCGUGCUGGCGCUCUACGACAGGCAGGGGCAGCCGGUGGAGAUUGAAAGAACCGCUUUUGUGGACUUUGUGGAGAAAGAGAAAGAGCCAAACAACGAGAAAACCAACAACGGUAUCCACUAUAAGCUCCAGCUACUAUACAGUAACGGAGUCAGAACAGAGCAGGAUCUGUAUGUUCGCCUCAUAGAUUCAAUGACCAAACAGGCCAUCGUCUAUGAGGGCCAGGACAAGAACCCGGAGAUGUGUCGCGUGCUGCUGACCCACGAGAUCAUGUGCAGCCGGUGCUGUGACAAGAAAAGUUGUGGCAAUAGAAACGAAACGCCCUCAGACCCUGUAAUCAUUGACAGGUAA